UCUAGUUUCAGGCUUCCAACUUUUGCUUGAUUUUACACAAUUUCGUUUCAGUUCUGUUAAGGCUUAUUAGCAUCUUCACUCUGCAGAUUUCUUCUCCAUCGAUCAUGGUUUCAAGGGCGACGGGUUAUUGGAGAUCAAUGUUGUGUCGGAUUGGAGGGCACCGUCCGUUCGCCACGUGGACCACGCCAACGAUGAAGCCUUUCGCACCACCGUCCGAUGCUGCUCUCUCCCAAGCCCUGCACUCCAAGACAAGCAGGCAGGUGAAAGGGGAUUUGGUUCCUGUGUACGUAGCGUUGGGGAUGAUAAUGUUAUCGGUGUCUCUGGGGCUUUACACAGCAAAACAUGAGCUUCUGUACUCGCCGACGGUGUACGUGAGGAAGAAGAAGAGGGAGACUCUGCCGGAGUUAGAAGAUCCCGAUCAUGUGGUGGAUGAAGCUGAUAAAUUCGUCAAAAAGUCUCUGUUCAGGAAGGCGGCCCACAUCCAGGAUGAUAAGGAGGAGACCAUCCCUAAUCCCAUGAGGGGAGACCCAUUUAACAGCCCACGAAGGGUGGAGACUCUGAAGUCGAUUGGUGUGGAGCUGUAAAUUAUGUACAUAGUUGUAUUUGGACACAUUGUGUAAACCGUAAAUGGUGCAAGUGUAGCAUAAUGUCCGGGGGUAAAUGUUGGGGUCCCGUGCGGCACUCGAAAUGGGCUUAAAUGGGCGAAUAAGCCUAUGAAAUAAAGCAAAUACAUACAAAGGUAACAAGAAGACACACGAAUUAGUAAAAGGUUACUUGUAUUGCAUUAA